AUGGGCGAAAGGUUCAGCUUCAAAGAGGCCAAGCCUGCCCGUUUCGGAGACCCGCCUUCCAUGAGAGGCGGCGGCAAGAGUGUAUCAAGCAAGUCUCGGGGGAGUGAUAAAUCACACCACCAAUCUACAAAGUCUCACACAAGUUCCAAGAGUCGGUCAAUGGACAGUCACAGGUCAGGAACGUCCUCGGCCAACAAAACUUUCAAAAGUUCAGAAAACUCGGGCUCCUCGAGGGUAAGACAAGCAGCAGAGAGUUUUGAAAAGUCACCAAAGACUGAGGAGCUCACUGUAAAGAGCCUUGAGAAAUCACCUGUUCGUAUGUCGGCAAGGGUCAAAGAGGCGGCACAGAGCCUGGAAAACAGCUUCAACUUUAAUAGUUCCCUAGUCGACCUUGACUUGAAAGGGGGGAAGCAAGAUGAAGACGGAUCGAGGGUCACGAAGGGUAGUAGCUCCGUUAGGGAAUUGACAGAAAAACUGAGCCGUCGAGGGGGUGACACAGAUGGUAGCAAAUCUGGGAAAAGUGGGCGGACAGGCAGCGCAAGCAGCAGGUCGAAAAGAGACAAGAAGGGCGACAAGUGGCGCUCCUCGGACUCGAAGUCAACGGCUAUCACUACUGAGUCACUUGAAACGAUCAACGAGAAGGGCAAGUCCAUCAUCAGAGGAACCAUUGUGGUACAGAAUAGCCAAAGCGAUGGAGGAGAAGCAAAAAUGGAGCUAGUUUCAGAAACACAGUUCAUGCCGAUCGGUGAAGCUAGCAUGUCAGAAAUGGACGGUGAGACUGCCGCACUGACUGAAGACCCCCGUACGGUUGUCACUGACGACGUCCGUACAGCAAAGUCGGCAGAAGAUGGGCAACCCACAGAAGAGGACUUCUUAGCCGAACUCUUUGCCUUUGCAGAGUCAAACAACGCCCUUGCAUUCGAUUUUGGCGCAGAGAUCGUACCGGUAGGCUCAGCAGUGGGCGGGAGCAGCGGUGGGAAGAGCUCUGCGCAUAUAUCGGAGAAAGAUCCGACCGAUCCUCGUUCGGCUACGACAUCAGGUGAUGGGCCCGUUGAAUCUUACCCUGGAGACGAACCUGUUGGCACUGCUGAUGAGGACGAUGGGCCCGUUGAAGCUUAUGCAGGAGACGAACUGAUGGGUAUCUUCAAUGCAAAUGAUGAGUACGACAAAGAUACAAAGACGUCGGAGUCACGUUCCCACAAGAGCGUUCCAAACGUUGUCGAAUUCAAGAAUGGCAUUGCUUACACAGUCUCUCAAGACGAUGAUGGCACGACUAUCAAAACGUUUCUGACGUUGGAUGAACACGAAAUUCCUUUUGACGAAGCAGGUGAAGAUGUUGCAAGAAACAUUGCCGAGCAGGAGGCGGCAGCCAUAGCAGCAUUAGUGGCAGCGGAAGCUGCAGCCGCGGCAUUGAAACAAGCAACCACACCUGAGGUAGCUUCAACCGCUGCAUCGACAAAAGAGCCAGUUGAAGCCGAACAAGAAGCCGAAAAGGAAUCAGCAAAAGGUGAAACAGGGCCCGUAAAGGAAGAAUCAGCAGAAGGUGAAGCAGGGCCCGUAAAGGGAGAAUCAGAAGAAGCGCCAGCUAAAGCAAAAACAGUACCAGCGAAAGCUGCAGGAACGGAGGAUCCAGUGGCAGCGGAACCCGCUAAGCAUUUGGUGGAAGAAGAAAAGGUGCAGGAAGAUGACGUGAGUGAGCAAGCCGAAAUAAAGUCCAUCUAUCACGUUCGUUCGAACGAUCGUGAGAUGCUUUUGAAAGUUGUUCAAGCAUAUCACGAACGACUGGCUGCCAUGGUGGAAGGACGGCAAGAGCUGUUGACCAAGGACACGUCAAGAAAAGUUGCAGAGACCGUCUCUACAGCUACUAGAGAAGGCAGUGGCAAACUAGAUGCCGCAGCACGAACAAAGAUUCUCUUGGAAAAGUUGAAGAUGGCUUCUCUGGCUCAAAAGGCGGGCGUUGGCGAAGCGCUGAUGACGACUCCACUUGGUGAGAUGAAGUCCAAAGGAGUUCGGAGUCAAGAGAUACUGUCUACAAUCCACAAGGUGGACUGGGCAAUGUUCCGUGCGAGGAAAAUGAUGGAGAGGAUCAAGACAAGGGCCGAGUCACGAAAGAGAAGCAUCCCUGUCGAGUUUGAAGAGUCUCGAGAGGCUCUCACUCGAUCGCAGCAGCAUUUUUCUGAACUCCGCAAGUCAGUUACGCGACAAUCCACAAAUGCAUUAACGUGA